GUGCUUUUUGGUCUUAAUUUAAGGUUAGAUUUAAAAUCCUUAAAAAAAUAUAUACAUAUAAUUGGGCGAGGUUUAGGACUUUAUGGUUGUGGUAACUAGCGACGACUAGUAUUGUUAUCAGUCAGCUGACAGUGCGUGACAGUGUAGUUAAUUAUACGUAAGCAACAAUAUGUCUGGACCAAAUGGAGAUCCUAACAUCCCAAGUGACGAUGGCAUCAUUGAGGAUGAAGAUGAAUUCAACGAAGAAGGUAAUACUGAGUAUGCAGCCAUCAACACUAUGCUGGAUCAGAUCAACUCCUGCCUGGAUGACCUGGAGGAACGCAACGACUCCCUGAAUGGCAAACUACAUGAACUGUUGGAGUCUAACCGGCAGGCCAGGCAGGAGUUCAGAGGUCAGCUGACCACUGCUACACCCCCAGGAGAGGAGAAAUUGUUCCCAGACCAGGAUUCUCCAGCCACUGAAGGGGAGAAGGGCGGAGAGUGAGAGGACAAAGCUUGACUAGAGAUCUUCAACAACAUUCCUUCCAUCUAUAUGAGCAUAUUUCCUCAAGUGUUUCUGUGUGGUGUGUCGACACUUAGAUAAGUGUGAAUAGGGUUUGUCCUUUUCUGUCCCUUACAUGUAGUGCUUAUGAAUCCACACUCUGCUGUUGAAAUCUUAAAAUGGUUCUUCACAGGGGAAGGUAAAUUAGCCAAAAGCUGACAGUUCAUUCUGUGUGUUGAAGUGAUUACUUUAUGCCAACACGUAUCCACCAUCACAUACGAUGUAUACUAAUGUUUAGCUACCUGUAUACAGUCCUCAAUUGAUACUAUAGUACGUAUUUAUCCCUGUGCUUGGUAUGGGGUGAAAGCAUGUGGAAUGAGCUCAUUGAUUGACAUAACUGGUUGUUUGUAGUCAAUAUUUACCUCUUUGUGGGGAAACUACCUUAACAGCAAUAAUACAAUAUUCCAAAUUACGUGACUUUCAUUGGUCAAUGUUUUUCAGUGAUGUGCAAGAAGAGAUUAAUGUUUUGUGCUGUGUUCCACUUUUUCCUAUUCUGUUUUUGUUAGCCAGGUAUAAAUACAGUAUAUUUCAUGUUACUGAGUGUGACAUCUUGAGAAUUGCUAACUUAAAAGCACUAGGUCUCUAAAACAUUUCAAACAAUGAACAGGUGUGAUAUAUUCAAGUGAGGCAAUAGUCAUAUUUUAUUUAUAAAUUAAAAGGAACCCAAUACAGAAAACAUCCCCCAAAAAAUACAAGAAACUUCUAGCUGCUAGAAAACAACUAUUUUGUUCAUCUGAGUUUGUCAUUUGUUGAAUAAAAAUCCAUUAAGAAACAUA